CUUUAUAUCAUAUACAUAUAUAUAUUAGGUUUGUAUAUAUAUACUCUCCUCGCCUUCGUUCCGGUUCCCGAUUGGAUCUCAAUUUCUUAUCCAGGCAAGGCGGCUAUGGCAGAAACGCGUUCUCCCCACGGUAAUGGCUUCAAGAAGACGGCGGUGCACGAGCAGACUGACCUUUCCCAUGGAGGCAAGGUUGAGGUGAUGGACGUUUCCGAUCUCCCUCCCUUUGGUGAUGGCCGCCUCAAGACCAUGACGCCCGAGCAGGAAGAGCUUUACGACAGACAAGUCGCCGAAAGCGAUGGUUUCGAGGUUGGUGAUUUUGGGGAUGUUGUGGACUUCAUGAUUCGACCUCUGCCGGUAGAUGAUGAACUGAGGGGCAGAGAUUACUACGUUAUCACCAUGGAUAAAGUUGUUGAGAACUACAACUCUAACAGCAUCAAUGCCACAAAAAUAUGCGAUCCCUAUAUUCUGAAGUUAAAUAUCGACAUUGGAGGAGGUCCUAUGCUUUAUAUUACUUUCUCGGCCCGUGAUAUUGUCGAUGACAAUGCUGCCGGCGAUGCUGCUGAGCCGAAAGUUUAUCGAGCGAAGGUGUUGACGAUAUUUCCAGUUCAUAAAUCUGUUGUCUUCUUCUGCAGGUUCAAAGAAACAUUGUCAGAAUGGGAGAGCAGAACCCGUGGAAAGGCACCUUCUGAAGCCUCCUGCUGAUCAUUGAAGAAGAUUGGGUGGGAAUGCCCCCAUAAUGAACUUUGUUUUCGUCUAGCUCGGUUUUGUAGAACUUCCGUUGCACGGUUAGAAAGGUUCUGUUAUUGUCCAAAUUGUGGGGCUUGAAUUUGUGUCGGUACUCGUGUUUUUUUGAUCUAAUGAAUGUCCCGACACUUAUUUAACAAAAAGAAAAAGAAUUUCUAGCUCGUUUUCACA